UUUUAAUUGCUCAAUUAUCACGGCCGUUUUAAUCUUUCAGUUAUCACGGCCGUCUCUUCUGUUUCCCUACGCUCUUCUCCUUGCACAAUUUCCUUUCUGUCAUUCCUGCAGUUGCAAUUGCAUAGCAUCAAAGUAAGGCAUUUGCUUCCCUUCCCCCCCAUUCAUCACUCACAAUGUCUCUCCCCACCACCAUCAAGCAAUGGGUAACGGCCCAAGAUGGCCUCGACAACCUGACCCUCACCACCGCGCCUUUGCCCACCGCCGGGCCCGGCGAGGUGCUCGUCAAGAUCACCGCCGUCUCCAUCAACUACCGCGACACCGAGGUAGCGAUGGGUCUCUACAACCACCACAAGGCUACCGGCGGGCCGGCCUUUACUCUCGUUCCCUGCAGCGACAUGUGCGGCACCGUGGUCUCGUCCAAUUCCUCUCUGUGGAAGCCAGGAGACCGCGUCCUGAGUAUUUUCAACCAGACGCAUCUGAAGGGCCAGCUCAAGGCGCAUCACAUGAAGAGUGGGCUGGGCCUGCCGACGCCGGGCGUCUUGACGCAGUAUAGGACCUUUCCUGAAUAUGGAAUUGUGAAGGCGCCGAGUUAUCUACCGGAUGUGGAGGCGGCGACCCUCCCCGUCGCGAGCCUCACGGCAUGGAUGGCAAUCAAUGGGAUGAGACCUUUGGGACAGGCGGGCGGGAAGGGGGAGACAGUCCUGAUCCAGGGGACGGGCGGGGUAUCUAUCGCCGGUUUACAGAUUGCGAAAGCCAGUGGGGCGGAAGUAAUCAUCACCUCCUCUUCGGACGCCAAGCUCGAACAAGCGAAGAAACUGGGCGCGGAUAAGACCAUCAACUACCGUACGAUUCCCGAUUGGGACCAGGAAGUCCUGAAGAUGACGGACGACGAGGGCGUGGAUAUCAUAUUUGAGAACGGAGGCGCGUCCACCCUGCGCAAGUCCUUCGACUGCGUCGCCUUCGGCGGCCUCAUCAACAGCAUAGGCUAUCUCGGCGGGAAGCAGGACCCGCCCGGAGAUCGCACCAACACGAACGUCCUGGCGCUGAAACGAAACGUCACGCUGAAAGGGCUGCUGAACGGCCCGCGGGACAGGCUGGAAGAGAUGCUGGCGUUCUAUGAAGAGCAUAAGAUCACGCCUGUGGUGGACAAGGUGUUCAAGUUCGAGGAGGCGAAGGAGGCCCUGAAAUACUUGUUCCAGGGCGGCCAUUUUGGAAAGGUCGUCAUUAAGCUUGAUUGAUUGAGCGAGGGGCAUAGGACAUCUUAUCGAUCUACCUAUAUCUUGCUUCUAUGUAGGUACAUAGGUAGGAAUCUGAGAACACCAUCUAUCUAUCCGUCUAUACAUAAGGGACCUAGGUAUAUAUAUGUACAUAUAUCUCACAC